AUGCCAGGUAGCUCCCAAGACAACGGCGUCACCGGUGCAGCCAAAUUCGCUACUUCAACCGUUGGAAACCUCGUCGGCGGAGUUAGUCGUACCGUUGGCGGCGUUACCGGUGCCGCGACACGUGGAGUUGGCGAUACCAUUACCAGUGCUACCGGAAGUGCUGGAAAGCCUGUUGGUGAUGGGCUAAGCAAUGUGGGUAGUGGGGUUGAAGACGGCGCGAAGAGAGUUGGAAAGGGCGUCGAGGAUGCUGGGCAGUGGAAGUCCUCUUGGUGA